AUGCGCGCCACGCUCGGUGCCAGCUACGACCAGGUCGUCAGCGGCGCCAAGGCUGCCGCCGACGCCGAGCACGUCGACCUCGGCGUGUUCGCGGCGCUGCGCACGCACUGGAAGGCCACGCUCUUCAGCAUGGGUCUCUCCUUCGCACUCGUCAUGGAGGGCUACGACGUCGUCGUCAUCAACUCCUUCUACGGCCAGAGCCAGUUCAUCAACACCUUCGGCACCGUGCUGCCCAACGGCGAGAAGGUCAUCACGGCGCCGUGGCAGACGGGCCUCAGCAACUCGGCCCUGGUCGGCGAGGUCAUCGGUCUCGGCCUCAACGGCUGGGCGUCGGACCGCUUCGGCUACCGCAAGACGUACAUGGUCUCGAUGGCCGUCAUGAUGAUCACCGUCCUCGCACCCGUCCUCGCCCGCUCGCUGCCCGCCCUCUCCGCCGGCGAGGUGCUCAUGGGCAUCCCGUGGGGCGUGUUCCAGACGCUCACCACCGCCUACGCGUCCGAGAUCGCCCCCGUCAUGCUGCGCCCCUACCUCACGUCCUUCGUCUGCGCCUGCUGGGGCCUCGGCAUCCUCCUCUCCUCGAUCGUCGUCAAGCUCACGCUCGUCAUCCCCGGCGAGUGGAGCUGGCGCCUGCCCUUCGCCCUGCAGUGGGUCUGGCCCAUCCCGCUGGCGCUCAUCGCCUUCUUCGCACCCGAGUCGCCGUGGUACCUCGUGCGCCACCAGCGCUUCGACGACGCCCGCAAGGCGCUCAAGAAGCUGCAGACCAAGAACAGCGGCGACGACCAGCACAUCGAGCACCAGGUCGCGUUCAUGAACCACACCAACGCCCUCGAGAAGGCCGAGCAGUCGGGCGCCUCGUACUUUGAGUGCUUCAAGGGCACGUCGCUGCGCCGCACCGAGAUCGUCGCUGUCGUGUGGGCGCUGCAGUGGCUGUGCGGCAACCCGCUCAUGUCGUACGCCGUCACCUUCUACCGCCGCGCCGGCCUCGACGAGAACACGGCCUUCUCGCUCAACUGCAUCAUGAAUACGACGUACCUCAUCGGCACCGCCUCGUCCUGGUUCCUCAUGCGCUGGUUCGGCCGCCGCACCCUCUACCUCGCUGGCUGCGUCAUGUGCUGCGCGCACCUCAUCGCCAUCGGCACGCUCGGCUUCUUCUCCGGCGAGGCCGUCUCGUGGGCCACCGGCUCGCUGCUCAUCACCUUCGCGCUCGGCUACAACUGCACCAUCGGCCCCGUCUGCUACACGAUCGUCGCCGAGAUCCCGUCGAGCCGCCUGCGCGCCAAGUCGAUCGUGCUCUCGCGCCUCACAUACGUCCUCACCGGCCUGCUCACCAACACGCUCACGCCGCGCAUGCUCUCGCCCGACGCCUGGAACUGGGGCGCCAAGGGCGCCUUCCUGUACCUCGGCACGUGCGCUCUCUGCGGCAUCUGGUGCUGGUUCCGCCUGCCCGAGACGGCCAACCGCACGUACGCCGAGGUCGACGAGCUCUUCGCCCGCGGCAUCGCGGCGCGCAAGUUCUCCACGACGCAGGUCAACCUGUACGAGACGGAGAAGCGCCACGCCGUUGUCCGCGCCGACUCGCUCAACGACGACAAGGUGCUCGACGACAAGGACCUGCGCACGGCCACGCUCGAUGCCUAA